UUCAGGCUAGAGAUUUUCAAUAAUAAUUUUUAAUUUUCAUAAAAAGUCACUUGUUCCUUUUACGUUUAACUUCAAAAAUUAUAAUAAUAAAUUUUGAAGGUAACUAAAUUUUUUAUAAAAAAGGUUCUUAUAAAUUUUUACACAUAUGCGAUGUUUUGACAUUAAAGAAAAAUUUUCAAAGAUAUUGAAUUUAAAGAAAAAUAUACAAGGGCGUAGAAUUAGAAAAAAGUGUAAUUUUCCUAAUUUUAGACCUGCAUUGGAAUGGACCCUAUACAGGUUUUUUUCCGUUUCCUUUCUCCCCUCUUACUAGUGUAUACAAUUGUCAAACUCUCGUGAACCUUCGACGAGUGUGUCAGGUAUUAAGUAACUGAAAAAUAGUUUUCCUGGUGUAGUGGACACGUCACAUUUUAAAAUAUAUACAUAUAUAUAUUUUUCAAUCAAUUUCAAAAAUUUUACGAGUAAUUUUGUCAACGAUGGAUUGCAAAAUAUUGAAAUUAGAAGCUGACAAUAAAAUGACUGAAAAUAAUUCAAUUGAAAAAAAUUCAUCAGCAACUAAUUAUCGGAGUAUUGACAUUGAAGACGAAAUACUAUUGCGUAAUGCCACUGAGAGAUUAAGAAAAAAUAGAAUGUUACCUCAAAGAGAUUCCCAGCGUAUUGAAAAAGAAGAAAUUCCAUUACUAUAUGGCGAAUUUGAUUUAUUGACACCUGGAAGAGAAUUACUUUUAAGUGAACAGAGACGUGAGCUUUAUAGACGUCUUGCUGAACUUUACGAAGCAAUUAGGAAAGAAGAUGAAGAAGACAAGAGGAAGAAAAGGGAACAGGCCCUGAAAAAUUGA